UAUUUCGCAAUCGUUCAUCCAUUGCGUUCAUCCAUAUCGUGGUUCAAAUCGCACCGGACUCUAGUGAUAUGUGUCAUAUGGAUCACCGGCACCGCCAUCGGGUCGACGCAGCUGUUGAUCAGUGAAUCCAAACCAUUCAAAUACGGCGACCAAUGGCUGUACGACUGCCGCGAGAUAUGGGUCCAGGGCUCACAACUGGGAAAGUUAUACACCGUUAUAGUGUUUUGUAUCACAUUUAUAUUGCCUAUGAUUGUGCUGUGUUUGGUCUAUACGCUGAUGGGCUGUACGCUAAUCCGACACCAUUUGCCCGGGAAUGAGACAAUUCAGCACCGGUUCGCCUCCAGAAGGAUCAAGGUAAUCAAAAUGUUGUCAACAGUAGUGGUGAUGUUUGCCAUUUGUUGGCUUCCCAUACAAAUCUUCGGUCUUCUCGUAUGGUUCUACCCCUCGUGGAUACUAAACGCCGAGACAACCCUUCAGUACUACACUUUCGUCGGCAUGUAUUUCUUCUGCCACUGGAUCUCAAUGGCGCAC